AUGGCAAGUGGACCAGAAAGUCAAACCCAUAUUUUUGAGAAUAUUCAGCCUGUUGACAACAUCUGGAGGUUGAUAGAGUGGACGGGAGAAGGAACAGUGAAGUCGAAGAAUGCAGAAGAGCAUUUGAACACGGUGCAUUUAUCAAGAGACAAACUGAACCAGGAAGCAAAAUCGCACAACAGUAAAAUGUACUAUAAUGGGCUAAAGGAUUUGGUGGUAACAGAAGCAGUUCCAGCACAGCCAAAAACAUCUUCACAGCCACCACCAGUCCCUGCCAAAAAAAGCAGAGAACGCCUUUCUAAUGGACACUGUCACCUCCCCUCAGCCCUUUCUUGUCCAGAUGUGCCAUCCUUGCCAGCGAAAAAGAGCCUCCAGCCUGGCUCCUCCGAUUCCAAUGUACUGACUGUGUGUAGAUCAUCUCCUGGGCAGGAGCCCAGUAGUCCUUCAGGCGUACGACCUCCUUGGUUUUCAGAUCUUCCAGAGACUGCUACUGUCCAGCAACAUGUGCUAAAACUUGAUCCUUUGUCAGUGAGAAAAAUCUCUUCUAAUAGAGGACUGGAUCUGGAAAUGUUGAUAGAAAACAAGCUGCAAUCUGAAGAUAUUGAUCUCACAGAAGACCCAUAUUCUGACAAGCAUGGCCGCUGUGGGAUUCCUGAACUUUUGGUACAAAGGUACUCUGAAGACUUAGAGCACGCUGUAAAGGAUGUUGCUACAAACCUGGACCAGAUUCGGGUGAAGCAGCUGAGGAAGCAACACCGCAUGGCGAUUCCAAGUGGAGGCCUCACUGAAAUCUGUCGAAAACCUGUGUCCCCCGGCCAUAUCACUUCCAUAGCCGACUGGCUGGUUUCUAUUGGCCUUCCGAUGUACUCAAGCUCCUUCAUGGCUGCAGGAAUUGAUGACCUAAGCAAAGUGCCUUCUCUGUCAAAAACAUCACUUCAUGAGGCUGGCAUCACAGAGGAGAGGCACAUAAGCAAGCUUUUGGCGGCAGCAAGACUACUCAGUACCCUCAACCCAGAGACAAUAUAACACACUCUGAAACAUAGCAUCUGCCAGUUGGAAAAGCCAGAGUUUCCUACCAUGUCAAUUUCAUCUUUAAUUUCUCCAGAAAGCUCUUUGGCAUCAGGCAAUGGAGGUCUUUGGGAAGACGUUGAGGCCCUUGUGUUUCUCGUCAAUGAUUCACAAAGGAGAAUAUAAGAAGUUGUUUUGAGAGGGAAAUGGUGCUUUCUGAUUACCCCUUAAAGAAAAGGCACAGUUAUGUUAGUUUCUUAAAGACUGAGGCUGGCUUCGACCCAUUUCAGAAUAUACAUGUCCAUUACAAAAAAGGGAACUUUACAUCAACUUUUAAGCCCCAGGAACUUGGAGGAGUAGAGUUAGGUCUCUGUACUUUGGGGCUGCUCAUUUGUUAAAGUGCAGCUCAUUGAUAAAUCAUGGGUCUACAGUCCUAAGCAAACAUAAACACCCCAGGGGGUGUUUUUACAAGUAAAAAUCUUAAACAUUACAUCUCUUCAUAGUAGCUUAUGUUUAUCCUUUUCAUUCCACCAAUUCGUUUUACAUAAAUAAAACUCCUUCCUGUGUUUGGUGGUUUUUUUUUCAGGUUUCUGAGCCUCUAGGUAGGCCAAAGAUCCUCAAUGGAUUUAGUUUUAUUGUGGAUCUCCUUUUAUGCCAGUGCAAUUUCCAAGAUCAACUCAGAAAAUUCCUUAUUUGUAUAGAAUUAAAGUCAUUUUUAUAACUG